AUGAGGAUUCAUAAUAAGAUUCGAACACCAUCCCUUCUCCCCGAAAGGCAUGUCCUCCUGGUCCACAACACCCUUCUGACCGUCAUACCUUGCCAAACCAUAAGUUUCUACAACAGCCUUCAUCCCCCUACGGAUCUCCUCCACUUCGAGAUAGAGGGUCAUAGGCCCAUCACCCAGCUGGUCCCUGUACGGCCUUUGACCUUCUACCCUCCUCGACAGUCCGGCUAUGGUGUUAUUGCCCCCAAUGAAGAUAUUGGAUACAGCUGGAUCUCCUAUUACUACCUCGCCCGUCACCUCAAAGUUGAUCUAAUUGCGUACGACUAUCCUGGGUAUGGUUUGAACAGUGGUAAACCUAGUGAGUCGAAUACGUACACUACUAUUCGGGCUGUAUAUGAUUUUGCAAUAUCUUCUAUGGGCAUCCCGCCCAGUAACAUUAUUCUCUACGGUCAGUCCAUAGGCUCAGGGCCCGCCGUCGAUCUGUACACUAAGGUUCAUGUUGGUGGUCUUAUCCUUCACAGUGCUAUAGGUAGUGGUCUUCGAGUUUACAAGUCGUACGAGAGACCCCGACGGACCCCAUGGUUCGACCUCUACCGGAAUGUCGAGAAGUUAUCCGACUACUUUGCCGAGGCUGGUAAGAGCCCCCCGCCUAUUUUUAUCAUUCAUGGCACGGAUGAUGAAGAAGUUCCCUAUGAGCAUGGUAUGUUAUUGGCCGAGACCAUCACAGGAGAUAAGGACAGGAGAUGUGCUCCUGGCACUACCGCGCUGUACCCACCUUGGUGGGUUAAAGGUGGCACCCAUAAUGAUAUCGAAACACGGUAUCGGGACCAAUACUAUAAGCGUUUAAAAGCCUACGUCCGCUACCUGAAGAUGAGCCCUCGCCCCGACCUCAGCACUCUAUUAUCCUCCACGUAG